AUAAAAUAAAAAAAUAAAAAAAUAAAAAGCUGCAGGGAAAUAAAGUUUCUGAUGUUUUCAGUCCAAUGAAUGUCGCUCGAGUGAUUCUCGCGCUAAUAUUCUGCACCUUUUUCACAGCAUCUUACUUCACUAAUAAGUAUGUCCUGUCUAUCUUAAAGUUUACAUUUCCGACUAUAUUUCAAGGGUGGCAGACCUCCACUGGAGCUCUUUUGCUUCUUGUUACGUGGAAUCUAGGCUGGGUUGAAAUCAAUGGCUUCUCCAGAUCUGCAGCUUUUUCACAGCUUCCUGGAGCCUUUUUAUUUAUCGGAAACAUUUAUGCGGGGUCCAAAGCACUGUCACUUUUGCCCAUUCCCUUUUUCUUCGUGUUGCAAAAUGCUUCAGAAGUCUUUGUGUUUCUCAUGAUAACAGUAACUCACAGAAAAAAACCGUCAUGGAUGAAAUUAUUAAGUGUGUGUUUGCUGCUGGGAUCUGCUACAGGCCUUAUUCUGUACAAUCCUCGGUUUGGUCCCAGUGGCUACACCUGGGGCUCCAUCCAUCUGUUCUGUGUUGGUGCAUAUAAAGUAUUUCAGAAGAACACCAAGUCAAGCCAUCUGAGUGAUUUUGAAGAGCAGCUCAUCAACAAUGUCACCAGUGUGCUAUUACUUGGCUUUUCUGCAUACUCAACAGGCGAUCUGUCCGGUGCCUUAGAUUCCCCUCUCCUCACCUCAUACAGUUUUCAUACUGGCUGUGUGGGCAGUGCUGUUUUCAACUUCUGUCUAAUGUUGGCAACCAUAAAAUUAAAGGGAAGUCUGUCUCAGGAGCAGUGCGGGGGCUUGUUCUUCCUGGCCAAGAUAUUGGCCUCAGGUCUUUCUCUUCUCCUCUCCACAUUCAGCACUCUGCUCAGUCUGGAAACACUGUGCUGCAUAAUCCUGAGCUCCACCGGAGAGGCCUUGUUGGUGUAUUCAGACAGACUUCAGUGAGUCUGAAUGUGAAGAAAGUGACCAGUGCCUUGCAGAUCCUCCUAAACUGACCAAAGCAAUUGCCUAAAUGAGAUCUUUUUAUUACUUGUGAGACUUGCAACAUCCAAAAACCCUCAUGUUUUGUUUAAUGCUUUCUCUUAUAUUCAGUCUGAGUUGCAUGUUAUAACCAGU